UGUGAUACUGUCUGCUGUACUGAUGUAUCUAAGCCUACUAAUGUGAUACUGUCUGCUGACCUGUUGUAUCUAAGUCUAAUAACGUGAUGCUAACUGAUGUAUCUACGUCUAUCAGUGUGAUAUUAUCUGUUGAACAGGUGUAUCUAAGUAUCAGUGUGAUCCUUUCUUCUGAGUUGAUGUAUCUAAGUGUAUUUUGCUGAGCUGGUGUAUCCAAGUCUAUCAGUGUGAUAUCUGCUGAGCUGGUGUAUCUAAGUGUAUCAAUGUGAUCCUUUCUGCUGAGUUGGUGUAUCUAAGUUUAUCAUUGUGACACCUUUUGCUGAGCUGGUGUAUCUAAGUGUAUCUGUGAUAGCCUGGGGGAGUUGGGUGUAGGGAGUGUAGCUGUGCGGUUACUAAGGGUACUUGCUUAACCUUUUCUAUUCGUGACGCCAGGGUGAGGGCUAUUCUCUGUAUGCUUGUCCUACCGCCACCCUUCCCAAAAGCGAUAGGGAGAUACAACAGAGUCUAUUAGAGCUUGACAAGUGGUUGGGACCUCGUGAGUCUAUUGAGCUUAAGAAGAUAAUUGUUGCGCUGAUCCACUGGAUUUAGGGGUUUAGAUUCGGUCCAGUAAUCACGCUAGCUUUAGUGGGGAUUGAGAUUUUAACUCACGGUUUAGUUUAGGCUGAGGCCAGCAGGUUUCUAGCCUAGCUUGUCUUGGAAAGUUGUGCAGAUCCGUCCGGCAUCCACGAGAGCAGCAACCCAAGAGAGUGAUACUUGGCUACAGCUCCCUUAUAUGGGCAGGGGCUGGACUAAAGCUCACUGGUCCAUAACAACUGUUAAUCUCCUGUACAGAGAGUUAUGGAUAAACAUGUGACCCAAGGACCUCCAAAGGUCCUCCAACAUACCAUAGAGGAAUUAACAUGGUCACAUGACCAAAGGUCCUGCGACGCUAACAAGCUUCCCAUUAUGGAUCAGCAAGCGGUUAUACUUCCCCAUACCGUGCAGCCGGAAGUUGCUGGCCCAUCUGGAGGGUGCAGGCGAUCUUCAUCUGGGUCCGCCAGGGGCUCUGCCCGUGAAAACCGUGGCGAGGCUAGCGGUUCCGGGAGGCGCCGCCGAGGUCGCAAGGGCCACGAAUCCAGAUAUCGCAGUCAUCGAUGUCGGUCCAGGUCCUCCCGCUGGAGGUCCCCUUCCUCCUCAGAAUAUUCAUCCGAUAGCUCUAUGAGUCCAGAUAGGUCACACCGACGUGGGUCUCGGCGGGGGAUUUCAAGAUCCUCCCGUCGUUCGACCUGCGGUGCUACACGCUCACACGAUGUCCCCAUUGCUGUUACGCCAUUGGAUCCAACGGGGCCGGCGGCCCCGCAUGUGAUUCCGGUUCCUGCCCCGGCAGUUGGAAUUCCGAGAGUUGUGUCCGGAUGCGGCAUUGGAGGGCCGGCAAUGCCCCUCUUUCCUUUGGGAGGUGGUGAGCAGAGAUUGAUGCCAUUGGUGUCCUCGUCAGUUACCCCGGCUACUUGGUCUGGACAUGGUUCUCGUUCUCCUGUUGUGGUUUUUCUGGGUCAUUCCUUCAUCUUUCGGGUUGGACAGAGAGCUGCUUGCAGGCCAGGGGGACAGUCCCUUGGUUUUCCCAAUGAUGUUCAAUGGAGAGGAAUCGGUGGACUCAAGUGGCUUCGGGUGCUGGUGGAGGCGGCUAAGUCACAGCGUGGCGGAGGAGAAAUUUGGAGGAGAUUUUCCUGGAGAGUAGAGUGUGAUGCCCGUCGAAGAGGGCGGCCGGCUGACCGCUUACCUCUGAGAGUGUUCAAUCAGAAGUUCGGAUAUAAAUGGUUUAUUUUAAUGGUUAUUAAAUAAACGCUGUGGCCGACCCCCAGUUGUCCAGCAAAAGUUAGAAGUGGUCAGUGUUUUUA